AAACUGACCUCGAACAUACAGACGCACACAAUUCACUCUUCCAAAUAAAAGGGUCAUUAUGAAGCUGUUGGGAUAAACUGUUACUUUACAUGCAUGCCACUACAGGUGGAGUGAUGCUCCUUUAAAGUAAUGUUCUUCUGGUAGUAUAAGCUGUGUCUCAGUCAAUAAUGGACUGACUAGAAGACCCACAGAGCCAAGACAUUGAGCAUGAGGUGGGGUAGAACUUGGACAGGUUGCCAGUUAAUCACCAGGCACCACAGACUCAUACCUAGAGGCAUUUUAGAGGCCCCAAUUAACCUGACAGUCAUGUUUUUGAGUGGGAGGAAUCUGGAGAACCAACACAUGCACUGGGAGAAUUUGCAAACUCAGUGCAGAAAGAUGCCUGAUGGGAUUUGAACCCAGGAUUUUUUUUUAGUACAAAGCAACAAUAUGCAGCAUAUUGUUAUAAUUGAUAAAAUACAUAAUACGAUGACCCUUGUUAUUAAUAUGGAAUGACUCAGAACAUUGACAGUAGUAUCUAACGACUGAAGGUCCUUUUUAUGGGGCUAGCUAUAAAUUACAUAUACAGGUACAUCAAAAAUAAUUAGAACAUUAUGAAAAAGUUCAAUGUUUUUUGUCAUUUCAAAGGGGAAACUUGUAGAUUUAUUACACAGUGAAAUAGUUCAAGACUAUUUCUUGUAAUUUUGUUGAUUUGGGCUGGCAGAAAAUGAAAACCAAUAAUUAGAAUAUUUUGAAAAAGUUAAAUAUUGGAAACUCAUGGUGUCAUACCCAAACGUUCAUAGAAAGUUGAGUGGAAGGAAAAAGUGUGGAAGGAAAGGUCCACCAGCAUCAGGGAUAAACACAGCCUUGAGAGGAUUAUCAAACAAAAUCCAUUCAUUAAUUUGAAGGAGAUUUACAGGGAGUUCGCUGAGGCUGGAGUCAGCGCAUCAAGAGUGACCAUGCACACAUGGGAUAGAAAUGUAACAUUAAUCAAGUGAGACCACUCCUAAACCAGGGCCUGGUCUGUUGCUCAGUUGUCCAAAACCCUCUUUUCAGAUGAAAGUAAAGUUUGCAUUUCAUUUGGAAAUCAAAAUCCCAAAGUCUGGAGAGAAAGUGGAGAAGCACAAAAUCCAUGUUGCUUGAAGUACAGUGUAAAGUUUCAACAGUCAGUGAUGAUUGGGGGUGUCAUGUCAUCUGCUGGCAUUGGUCCACUGUGAUUUUUGAAGUCCAUUGUCAAGGCAGCCAUCUACCAGGAAAAUGUAAAGGACUUCGAGUUUCCUUCACCUGCUGAGCUUUGAAGAGCUGUUUGAUUCCCCUGUGCUUGAGUGACAAGCAGACUGGUCUGACCUGAACCCCAUGAAGAAUCUAUGGAGUAUUGUCAAGAGGAAGAUGAGAGACACCACACUCAACGACGCAGAUAACCUAAAGGCGGCUAUAAAAACAACCUGGACUUCCAUCACACCUCAACAAAACCAGAGUUUGAUCGCCUCCAUAGCACGCCGCAUUGAUGCAGCAAUUCAUACAAAAGGAGCCCCAACCAAGUAUUGAGUGCCAAGAAAUAAAAAAUAUUAUUUAGAAGCCUGACACUUCUGUUUAAAAUAUCAUAUUUUUAAGCCCGUUUUAAUAUGCACCUGUAUAUAUAUCUCCUUUUUCAGCAAGUAACUACAUACAGAAAAAAAAAUCUAUAACUAUUUGCACAGUCUUGAACAGCAUCUUGCAUUUGUAUCCACGUAGCUUGACGUAAAAUCCGUGCAAACAUGCGGCGUCUGUUGUCCGACCAGCUCUUUAAUAAACCUGCCUUACCAGGCCUGGCCUGUAGAGGGCACCGUUUCCCGUAUUAGCAGAGUGUGAGCGUGUGCUUCCCUGCGUGUUUUUAGUGUGAGCCACACUCAGUGUCUCUGCUACUUCAGGAGCAACAAACUCUGGUCUUCUAUGUUAGGAACUCUAUGCAUAAACACCAGCCCGUCUGCUGGUUCUGAUUCUGUUCCUUGCCCAGAAUGGAUCUGGGUUUUAUAAUAACUUAGCUGUUCUCGACCUGUUGGAACUAGACUCUCUUUGCUCUUCAGGACUCGUUAGAACCGGCUUGGACAUGGAGGACCUGAUCCGGCUCUCCGAUCAGGACCUGCAGAGGUUCGGUAAGGAGGAUCUGAUCCGGACGCUGAGAACUCUGCAGAAUCGGAACUCGGACAUGAUGCUGGAGCACGGCAAACUGAUGAAGGACGUGAACCGGAACCUGCAGGUCCACCUCCAGGAGAUCCGGAGCCUGAAGGAGGUGAACCAGAAGCUGCAGGAGGACAACCAGGAGCUGCGGGAGCUCUGCUGCUUCCUGGACGACGACCGGCAGAAGGACAGGAAGGUGUCCCGGGAGUGGCAGCGCUUCGGACGCUACACGGCCGGCGUGCUAUGGAGGGAUCUGGGGCUGUACCAGCAGAAGCUCACCGAGCUGGAGGCCGGGCAGGAGGCGCUGAGGGCGGAGAACGCCGAGCUGAAGGAGAUCGUCCUCAUGCUGGACGAGGAGAGAAACGGAGCGGGCUCCCGGAGCUCCAUCGACAGCCAGUCCAGCCUUGGCCACCUGAGCGGGCCGGUGCCGCCACGGGACGGAGGGGACGGUAGCAGCGGGGGGAGUCCAGACCACCAUACCCCGUACCUGAAAGGCUGUGGGGGGAAGGAAGGCCCUCUGAGGAGGUCCAUGGAUGAUCUGUCACUGCACAAAGGUUCUGGAGUCAGUGAGUGCUACAUGAGAGAGCUGGAGAACAAGGUGAGGAUCCUGGAGGAGGAAAACAAACUGCUGAUAAUUCAGAACUGUCCUCGGACUCCCAGUGGAGAACUGUCCCCCACAGGGUUCUACCUCCCACUGGGACAGAAACCUGAAGCUGUAGUCCAUGCCAUGAAGGUGCUGGAGGUUCAUGAGAAGCUGGACAGUCCGAACUCGAGGGAAUACGAUGAAGACCUCAAUGAGAAGGAGAAAGCCAUCGUCAGGGAGAUGUGCAACGUGGUUUGGAGAAAGCUGGGCGAUGUUGCUGGCUCAAAGUUCUCCGUUCGACAGCAGCUGUCAGAAAACCAGCUCCAAGGACCAGUACAGUAGCAGACACCACCAUCAAACCCAGAGCAUAAUCGUCAAGUGGAAGUGGUAGUCUGCAGUAGAUGAAAAAGGAACUGCUUUUACUACAUACAGGGGUUUGACAAUGAAGCUGAAACACCUGUCAUUUUAGUGUGGGAGGUUUGAUGGCUAAACUGGACCAGCCUGGUAGCCAGUCUUCAUUGAUUGCACAUUGCACCAGUAAGAGCAGAGUGUGAAGGUUCAAUUAGCAGGGUA